CACUUCAUUUGUCUUAACAUUUAACAAUCCCUUUCAUGAUGUUGUCUUCAAAGUGUUAGUGUCAUCAUCAUUAACAAUUACUACUUAGGUUUAUUUAAUUAAGAAUUUGCACCUCUCAAAAAACAAAAAUUUGUAGCACACUUCUUCAAAGUCUCAAAUGGCUGCUAAAAAAACACAUAGAUAAGUUUAAUGUCUUUUUUAAGAAACCUUGUCUAGGAGAUUCCUCAUUCUUAUUCCACACUUCCACACUCUUUGAGUUUAUCUAUUUUAGUGUCUUAAGUAAGCAAUAUUUUGUGUCUAUUGUGUUUCAUAUAAAUUUCUAGUGAAAAAAUCAUCAUUGCUAAACCCCUCUACAAAACAAACCCUUCCCUUAUAACUUUUGAGUCAAAAUUGAUUAUUCCAAAAAGCACUUACCAAUUGUGGUUGGUUGUUAAACCCUGCUUCUCUUAGUAAAAGUUUCAAUCUUCUUAAGUUACCAGCUUUUGUUAAUGUCAGUUUAUACCAACCUUUACUAAGUUCUUUUUAACCAAACCAAAACCUUUCCCUCUUUGUUGUCUCAAAAAAAAAUGGCCCCUUCUGGAAGAACAGCAUCAAACAAAAUCUCAAGGACCACAAAAGCUACAACAAGAACAAGAACAAGACAACCUAGAAGAACAGACUUCAAGAAGAAGCAGCAGCAGCAGCAAAGUAGUACUCAUACCAAAAAACAAGAGAUAAUCAACAAAGUUUUGCCUUCUAGCUGUCUUCCAAAAACCUCUCAGGAGUCUUCAAAGGAAGAGAAGACUGAAAUUUCUGAGGUAAUUGAUGUUUCUAACAGUAACAAUAACAGUGCAUGUUCAACACCAAAAGGUCAGAAAUAUAGGAUACCAGAGAUUUCAACAUGUCCUCCAGCACCAAAGAAACAAAGGGUAGUUUCAAAUUGUUCUUUGAGAAGGUCACCACUUUCAUUCUUUGUACCUCCUGAUUUGGAGCACUUUUUCUUGGUGACACUUUGAGUUUUGUUUUUGUGUGUAUGUUAAUAGCAUGAUAUAUAUAAAAUAAGCUCAUGACAAAUCAUACUUUUGAAGUGGUCUUCAUAGGAAAUGGAGACAUGUAUGCUUUAGGAAGUUUUUUAGGUUUUUGUGUGUUUUCAUGUUAUUAGGAAACAUUUACUUAGUGUAUGUUUCGAUGAGCGGUAAGUUUGAAAAAAUUACAGUGAUACUGUGAUUUUGUUGAAGUUUUAGGUGCAACUUCGGUCAAAAUUAUGGUGGUUCAUCGUAAUUCUAUCAUUCUUACUGUCAAUUCAAACAUGAACCUAGCUUACCCCUUUGUUUAGUUUAUGCUAAUUUUAGCUUUGUAAGAACUUGUAGUUUUGUAGGGUUUGUUAGUUUCUGAAUUUAGAUGGAGUGGUUAUCCAACUAAAUUUACAUUUUUAAGCUUUAUUUUUUUUCUUGUUUUUUUUUUCUUCUUAUAGAAGAUAUGUACUAACCUUUAUAUUUAAGUGUGAUGAGUGCAAAUGUAAUGGGUUUGGUUUGAGGUUUUGAACUCUACAAAGCUUAAUUAAGUUGUAUGUUAGUCACCUUGAGAUAAAGCAAAGUCAUAUACUUCCUUUUGUAUGCAAAAA